CAUGGCAGCGUGGAGCAAGGCCUUGCUUGCGAGUGGCCAAAAAAUUUUCAAAAUCAAUGGAUUAUUGGUGAAAAAGCCGCUAAACAAUGAGAUCGUACGAAACAGUUCACACCAUCGGAUUAUGACUAUAGAGCCAACUCGUUGGCAAUGGCAUAAAGUAAAGGAGUGGAUGUACUUCUACUUUUACUUGGGGGCUAUACCCGUAGGCAUAGUUAUAUUCUGUGCUAAUGUGUUUAUAGGGCCAGCCACAUUGACAGCGAUUCCAGAAGGUUACAUCCCAAAACAGUGGGAAUAUCAUAGAACACCAGUCACAAGAUUUUUCUCGAGAUACUUGUCCCAGAACCGUCAACAGGAUUACGAGAAAAUACUGCACUAUAGGAUGCAACAGACUGAAAUCAGACAAAUAAGAAAGUUGGAGAAAGAAAUCAAAGAUAUGAUAAGAUCGAAGCAGGAUUACCCAGCUUUCUCUUACAGCAAAAGCUUACGUGCUACUGAGAUUAAAAAAUUAAGGGAACACAUUGAUAAAAACACUUUCCAAGUCUGAAUGGCAUGCAUACAAUGAAAUGAUAUCAUGAAAAUCUAGUGAUGCUAAUUCUAGCAGACCAGAAAGCAAUUAUUAGUUCAAUAAAC